GAGAGAAGGAGAGAGUUGGUAGCAGCGCUUCGAUGCCCAAGAGUAGAAGACAGUUUCACUACUACUUAGUCCCCAACAAGCACAAGCACAGGCCCUGCUGCUUCCUAGCCCUUGCCACGCUGGCCCUGAUCACUUCCGCCCUUCUCAUCUCCGUCCUCGUCACCACCACCUCUCCUUUCUCUCUCCAAGACACUCUCCUAUGCUCCCUUCGCAACAAGCGCAGUAGAGACGACGACGACGGCGACCCCUACAACCCAGCCGAUGAGCAUUACCGGACGACCCCAACGCAGCUACUGGCGGUGCUCCAUUACGCCACAUCUAAGGUGGUACCACAGCAAUCUCUGGAAGAGAUCAUGGUGACUUUCGAGGUAUUAAGGUCUCUCUCCCCCUGCAACUUCCUUAUCUUCGGACUGGGUCAAGAUUCCCUCAUGUGGUCCGCCUUCAACCCACGUGGUACCACACUAUUCCUGGAAGAGGACCCCAAGUGGGUCCAAUCCGUGCUCAAAGACUCCCCAACCCUCCACGCCCACAGGGUUCGCUACCGCACCCAGCUCUCCCAAGCCGACGACCUCCUCAGCAGCUACACCUCCGAACCAAACUGCCUUCCUGGCCAGGCUUACCUCAAGGGGAACCACCGUUGCAGGCUGGCACUGACGGGUCUCCCUGAAGAAGUGUACGAGACGGAAUGGGAUCUGAUAAUGAUCGAUGCACCCAGGGGCUAUUUCCCUGAAGCACCUGGUCGGAUGGGUGCUAUAUUCUCGGCGGCGGUGAUGGCCAGGGCAAGGAAGAGCCCUGGUGUGACCCAUAUCUUCCUCCACGAUGUGGAUCGGAAGGUGGAGAAGACCUUCGCCGAGGAGUUUCUUUGCAAGAAGUAUCUGGUCAAGCAUGUGGGUAGGCUCUGGCAUUUUGAGAUCCCUCCUGCUCCUUCAAUUAACUCCACUACUGUCGCCGCUGCUGCCAAUUCUCGCUUCUGCUAGAUUCCUC